UCGCCUCCGGAGCUCUUCUCCGUAUCCGUCAAACGAUUCGUGCGCAACCGGCUACAAACACCGGUAGACAACAGGUGGUGUCCCUCCAGAGGACCGACUCUCCGUGAGAGUGAGUGUCAGCUUCAUUUAAAAAGCUAGUAGCAGCUUUAACAACCAUCAUGGCAGAUCUGUGGAGUUAUCGGCUGUGCUGCGGUUCCUCACCACUCAAUUACAGCGACACUUAAAAGACGCAUUUCUCCUCCUGAUAUGCCCUUCUCUUCACCAGUCCGGCCGGUCUGUUUAUUUCUAACGAGGGCGUCGACGUUUUGUUGUGUUUUUGUACCAUCUGCUGUUGCGGUUUUCUGAUCUCACACUCGGAAACGGCAGCAGCGACGCACCGAGGAGGAGCAUCCCCCUGGUGUUUAUUACAGGAGAGGACGCACCACAAGCCAGGGACUCGACUCUGAGACAGACAAGAGCAAACAUGUUCGAGACCAGAGGAAUCCCCUUUGUCCUGCUCGACAUAGCCUGUCUGGUUCUAGGAGGUCUGCCUCUGGCAGCCUUUAACCUGGGUAAGAUCCGCCCCUACCAGAGGGGCUUUUUCUGUAACGACGACAGCAUCAACUACCCUUUCCACAGCAGCACAAUCACCUCCACAGUACUCUACACUGUGGGCUUUGCCCUGCCCAUUAGCUGCAUGGUCAUUGGCGAGUGCCUUUUAGUUUAUCUAAAUCGCAUCAAGUCCAAGUCGUCUUUCGGCAGCUAUGUUGCCUGUGUUUACAAAGCCAUCGGUACCUUCCUCUUUGGUGCCGCCAUGAGCCAGUCUCUGACCGACAUAGCCAAGUAUUCCAUUGGCCGGCUCAGGCCGCACUUCCUGGAUGUUUGCAAGCCUGAUUGGAAACACAUCAACUGUUCAUUGGGGGUUUAUAUCGAAGACUUCACGUGCACUGGAGACGCAACGAUGGUCAAUGAGGGCAGGCUGUCCUUCUACUCCGGACACUCCUCUUUCUCCAUGUACUGCAUGCUGUUCCUGGCUCUCUAUCUGCAGGCUCGACUCCAGGUUGAAUGGGCAAGGCUGCUGAGACCCACAAUCCAGUUCUUCCUGAUUGCUGCCUCAGUGUUCACAGGAUUGUCAAGAGUGUCUGACUAUAAACAUCACUGGAGUGACGUGCUGACUGGACUCCUGCAGGGCGCCCUUAUGGCCAUCCUGGUGGUCUUCUUCGUGUCUGACUUUUUCAAGCCUCGUGCUGAUGCUCAUAAAGAGGUGGACAUCCCACAUACAACCCUGCAGGAGACCCCAACAAAUGGAAACCACUUUGAGAGUCCAAACUAAGCUAAGUGAGAGUUGGAGGAGGAGGAGGAGGAGGAGGAUGAUACCUCUGCUCUGUCCAAACGCACACCCAGGAUCAAAUGCUCUCUAGCCUUUCAUCUCGGCAAAUUCUCAUCAGAUACCCUGCAUGGAUUUACAUUGUGGAGUACUUGAUUAGCUAGUGGAUGACGGCGUCCCAGAAGAAACUUUUGGAAGCUACACCUCAGGCCUGUUCAAGAUUUUAAGACUUUAUAAUUUUAGACAAUUUGCUAUCUUGUCCACUGAUUCUCCAUUGAAGGAAAGUGGAGAGACAACCUGUCCAACCCUUGUAGAUAUGCUAAAGUGAUGCAAAGAUGUAGGUUAGGGGCUAGAGAUUCUGUAAGGACGUUAACCAUCUAUCUACUGAGCCGGUGGGAAGACUUGCCUGCAUGCACUCACUAAAGGGUCUGACCACUGCUGAGAGAGAGAGGGGGGAAGGUUGGAAACCUGUGAAUGUAACCCUGCUUUGUGCUUUUCCUGACCUGGAGUCAGUCUGCUCGAAAAAUCUGAUUUAGGGUCAGUUUUAGGGACAACCCCAGCUCCCAGAGAGACGGCGAGUUUCACAACCUUGUUGCCUUAAGUCCAGUGUUAAACAAAGGGCUAAUUAUAAGAGGAAAGUUUGUUUCUUAAGGCUAGAACGUGCUGAGGGCUAAAGCUGACCCUAGACCAGAGGGCAACACUACUUCACAACUGGAGCUGCUGACUCCAGGCCACUACCACUGCCGUCCGAUUCUCCAACCAUCUAACCUCAUAGUCGAGGAGGAAGCUUGACUUGUAUCAUGUUCGGUUAGAGAGUUGAAGAGUCGACGGGUCAGUUUAAAGUCCCGUGUUGCCUUUGCUGGACUGCUGCUGCUGCUAUCACAGCUUCCUGUGUAUCUAAGAACUAAUAUAAACAUCAAAUCAAUAGACAAUGUACUUUUGUAUAAUCUGUAUGUAAAAACAAAUCACCAUACAGACUUUUAUUGAAAAAAAUAUGUACAGAUGUCUGAAAUAAAAGUAAAAAUAAAGACAUUUUACUUAUUAACAUGGAUACCAAUGAAACAUAAGUGUUGGAUGUAUUAUGUCAUGAGCCAUCACAUGAAAUUAAAGCAUGACUUGUUUACUUUCUCA